AUGGUGAUCACCACCGUACUGAGAAACAUCAAAGAUACUGGAUAUCCACUGAGAGUCCAUGUUUGGUCUCUCCUAUCAGCGAACGUGAUCGAACUUGCGUUUGUCGACCUAGCCAUGGUGGCCAGUACCGCGGUGACAGUGCCACUCCACAAAGCAAUCAGGCGCAGCAAGGGUUUACUUAGAUGGGGAAUGGGAGGCAUAAUUGUGCAGAGCUUAUAUCAAUUUGCGUGGCUUUCAUUCUGGGUCAUACUACCAUUCAAGCUCUACUGGACAUGGACGUCUCAAGUGUUCUUGACCCUCCAUAGCCUAGUGUUUUUGAUGAAGAUGCAUUCAUAUGCAUUUUACAAUGGACAUCUAAGUGAAACUGAGCGUCGAUUAUCAGCCCUGGAUAAGCCACAGGCCCAAGCUUACCCAGCUGCAGUCCAUUACCCGAGAUCUCCAUCUGUAGCUGAUGGCGCAAACCCAGCGAAUGGCGAUGCAGAUUCGCCUGAUUCUGAACCUGACACUAAACGGGAUGUCGGGAAAUUGAGAGCCGACCUAGCUAUGGAACUAACCUCUCCACUUGGCCGUGUCACUUAUCCUCAGAACCUCACUUGGAAGAACUAUAUUGAGUUCAUUUUCUUUCCAACUCUUUGUUACGAAUUGGAAUAUCCACGAACUAAGGAUAGAAGCUGGAUCGAAGUGCUCAUCAAAGCUGCGGCAGUGUUUGGCUGUAUCUUCCUAUUAACCCUAACCAGUGAGGAAUUUAUCGUGCCUGUUCUGAGCGAUUCCGCAUUUAGACUUCGCACAAUUCCAUCACAUUUCGAAAGGGGCUUGAUUCUUGCCGAAACAAUCAGCAUGCUCCUCUUCCCGUUUAUGGUGACGUUCCUACUGGUUUUCCUUGUGAUAUUUGAAGGUAUUUCGUUAUAUUAUGCUGAUACUAAGUAUUGUGCUAUAGGCUGGAAUUUUCGAGGAAAUGGAAUCUCCCAGUCCAUCAUUUUCUUCGGCGCCAUGUCUACUUUUCUUCACUAA